AUGCAAGCACCGCCAGACUAUUCAGAGGCUUCCCCAAAAUGCUCGAAAAAUGAUCUACCACCAGUUUAUGUUCUCGAUGUGAAUAGUCUAGAAACUUCGCCAUGGGAUAGAGAAUUCCCGCCAUCAUAUUUUGACCUCGAAUCGAAUAGAUCUGAAAGUUGUGGUAAGUGUUUUUUCACAUUUUUUGCUGGUUACAAAUAUAAAAGUGUUAUUGUUGCAGAUACCGAAGAUGAUCUAAGCCAACGAGUUUAUCAACCAAGAAGUUUAUGCUGGUGUUUUGUUUCAACCUUGAUUCUGAUGCUAUUGGUUCUUCCACUUUUAUGUUUCUUGUUAUACAUUUUCCGGGAUAGUUUACGAUAUGAUCCAAGCCAAUUCACACUUUAA